UUUGUUUUUCAGUACCUGAGGCCCCCAGACCGGUCCAGCUACUAAGCAGGAGGCGACUUGGCCGUACCUUAUAGCCACACAUGGUCCCUCCCCGACCGCUCUUGAACUGAAGAGGGGCGGCGCCCGCAGGGUGGCAGGUGCACAGGCGACUAGGGGUGCCCAGUGGUCCUGACCUGCUGCUGAAUGUCUGUCCCCGAGAAGGAGGAGACGCUGCUGCCGCUCACGCAGAGAUGGCCUCGGAUGAGCAAGUUCCUACUGUCCGGCUGCGCUGCAACCGUGGCCGAGCUAGCAACCUUUCCCCUCGAUCUCACAAAAACCCGACUCCAGAUGCAAGGAGAAGCUGCUCUUGCUAGGUUGGGAGAUGGUGCAGCGGGAUCUGCCCCUUAUAGGGGCAUGGUGCGCACAGCCCUAGGAAUUGUCCAGGAGGAAGGCUUCCUAAAGUUGUGGCAAGGAGUGACGCCCGCCAUUUACAGACACGUAGUGUAUUCGGGAGGUCGGAUGGUCACCUAUGAGCAUCUCCGGGAGGUUGUGUUUGGCAAAAGUGAAGAUAAACAUUAUCCCCUCUGGAAAUCGGUCAUCGGAGGGAUGAUGGCUGGGGUCAUCGGGCAGUUUCUGGCCAACCCCACCGACCUGGUGAAAGUCCAGAUGCAGAUGGAAGGAAAACGGAAGCUGGAAGGGAAGCCCUUGAGAUUCCGUGGAGUACAUCAUGCGUUUGCAAAAAUCUUGGCUGAAGGAGGAAUUCGUGGGCUGUGGGCAGGCUGGGUGCCCAAUAUUCAAAGAGCUGCUCUUGUGAACAUGGGAGACCUAACCACCUAUGACACGGUAAAGCACUACCUGGUCCUGAACACCCCGCUGGAGGAGAACAUCGCCACUCAUGGCUUAUCCAGUCGCCCUGCCCAGGGAGCUCACCAACAGGGAGAACUAGACAAGUGUGAAAACUAUGAACAUUUGUGUUCUGGACUCGUAGCUUCUAUUCUGGGGACCCCGGCUGAUGUCAUUAAGAGCCGAAUAAUGAACCAACCUCGAGACAAGCAGGGAAGGGGACUUUUAUAUAAGUCAUCAACUGACUGCUUGAUCCAGGCUGUCCAAGGGGAAGGCUUCCUGAGCCUAUAUAAAGGAUUUCUACCGUCCUGGCUGAGAAUGACCCCUUGGUCAAUGGUGUUCUGGCUCACGUAUGAAAAAAUCAGAGAGAUGAGCGGAGUCAGUCCGUUUUAAGCCCUUAAAGCCAGAGUGCUCCUCGUUGCCGAACAAGGGCAUCUGCAACAUGCGCCCCUAUUAUUUCUACCUCUUUAGGAAGGUACUUUACUCCACAGAGACUGCGAUUUACAGGGGGCACCACUUUCUCUUUCUAUGGAAACCAGAGUUCUCUUUGACUCCACUCAGAUAUUUAUCUAAGAGGGAUCUGUCUGGUCCCAAUCUCUCAAGACCAACCACUGAGACCUAGCUCGGCAUUUCCUAAAGAAUGGAACCUGGACCACUUUGACCUUGGACCCAAAGGUUUAAGACUUUGAGCUGCUGAUCCCAGCAAAAGUGUCUGCCUAGAGGAGCCCCACCAGAGGGAGCCAGCCCCUCAGACCUGGAUAGACCGCAGUGAUGUGAAAGACUGCAUAGUGCUUAGGAAACACAUUUAACCUGUACGCCAGUAUCUCUUAUUGCGGCGUGACAACUCUCUUUUCUGUUACUAGAGCACAUAUCGUAAACUACAGGAGGAAAAGGGAAAUACAAGAAUAAACAUGUUGAGUUUCCCUAGUGCUGAAAGAAGUUGCUUUACCACUCUGGCAAGGAGGAUGAAAAGCUAAAAGAGGGAACUUGAAGUGAUGAUUGGAUUGCAAGGGCAGAGGCUGGUUGCUGGCAGGGCCCACCUUUACAGGUGUGCUUCCCGGCUGUCAUCCCCCCACACACACUAGAGCCGGGUACUUACCCUGACAGUGAGAGCAGAGCAUUUGCCAAGUGUAGCAUACUCCACAACAACUCGCGUUUGUCAGUAACUCUGAGGAUCGUCACAAAUGGAAACCACAACGUAUCUGACUGAGAUUCGGCUCUCGGGGUCAUCGUAGGAAGCACCUCAUAACGUCAUCAGCUCUUCCUGGGUGUUUUCAAAGCAAGAGUGACGUGAAAUUAGCUCACUCUGAUGUGGCUUUUUCUGUACCUGUCCCCUCUAUCACAGAGAGGAAGAGAGACAGUUCAGAUGCCGUACUAGAACUUUCAGAAGCCCAAGCAUUAGUCGUUUUGAAUCUUAAAUUCUUGCAUAAGAUGUGGCAAGCGUGUACCAUCUGCAGGUCAUGCUAAUCUCUCAGUCUUUGCAUCUGGUCCUUUGCUUGUUUUAGAACAGUUGUUCCAGAUUCACCUGUGCACACCUGCUCCCCCAGCCUCAGACAUAGGGCAUUUUAGGAUGGAUGGCUUCAGCUAGGGGUAGAGGCUAGAGAUGGUACUAGGAAAACCCCAACAACUCAGGCCCAAGGUAGACCUCAGAGCCAACCGAUAGAUGUCACGAUGGACAUAGAGCUGUCGUCAGCAUGACUGUGUGGGUGGAUAAUCACUGCCAUCUUAAAGGAGGAAGCACACCUCUACGGACCUUUCAAUGUGUGUAACCAGCUCACUUUUUUAUUUGCAGAAGGCGGAGAUCGAUCUCUUAACGUCUUCGGGUUGCCUACCUUUCCAUUGUACUCGUCAAUCUGUAAUUGAGUUGCUAAAUAUAUAUAGCCUCUAUUAUACUAUAUUAUGUGCUUAAGUCCCCAAGUAUUCUGCUCCACAGCCUGAAUCACUUUGGGGAAAAUUUGGUUUUCCUAUGUUUUGUAAUGUUUAUGACUAAGUAAAGAUGGAAUUAAAUAAUUAUAUGCAAACUGAA